ACAGCGUCCUAUGAUCUCACAGAAAACUUUACAACACCAGAGGCUUAACCCUUUGCUCAGCAGCUGUAGUUCCAGUGACGGUGGAGGCAGUGGCUCAGGGAGGGCGCUCAGGCUCUGCCUCUCCCCCGUUAUUAAGCCGCCCCAUGGUUUCUUCUCCCUGAGUUACAAGUGAUGCUGUGGAGAGGCUGAGGAGCUCCAUCCACUACCCAGGAGAGGGAGGAGGAGUGACAGCAGCAGGACCACACGAAUUGUCAGCAGUCUCGCCAUUGACUGAUGGGGAAAGUUGCCAAAACAACUGCAGAGAAACUGAACUCCUAAAACAGCUCAGCAAGUCAUAAGGCUUCCACAGAUAUCCACUGAGAGUCGGAGACCUAGAAAUGGGACAGCAAGAAGAUUGAUGCUGAAUACAAUAGAAGAAAUAACCUGGUUUGGGAAUUAAAAAGAAACCUCUAUUGUGUAUGGGUACAGCUCACAUCUUUCUUACCGCAAUAUGAGGACUUUGGGAUGCUUGUUAUUUCUUGCUUUUUGGGUUAGUCAUCCCCAAAAAGUCUGCACAACUCCUCUUCCAGAAAGGACUUCUCCUAGUGCUGAACCAACAGUAGAGGGCCCAGAACCCAACCAAGGAAAUGAAUUGGAAAGGAGUCGCUCUAAAAGAAGCUGGAUGUGGAAUCAGUUUUUUCUUCUUGAGGAAUACACAGGAUCAGAAUACCAAUAUGUUGGCAAGCUUCACUCAGACCAGGAUAUUGGAAAUGGAUCAGUGAAAUAUAUUCUCUCUGGAGAUGGAGCUGGAGAUGUAUUUGUGAUCGAUGAAAACACUGGCGACAUCCAAGCAACAAAACGUCUGGACAGGGAAGAAAAGUCGUCAUAUAUGUUACGUGCCCAGGCUGUAAGCAGGAAAUCAGGAAGACCUGUUGAGCCUGAAUCUGAGUUUCUCAUCAAGAUCCAUGACAUUAAUGACAAUGAGCCAAAAUUUACCAAGGAUGUUUACACUGCCACUGUGCCAGAAAUGUCAGAAGUGGGAACAUUUGUUGUUCAAGUCACAGCCAAUGAUGCAGACGAUCCGACCUAUGGAAACAGCGCAAAAGUCGUCUACAGUAUUCUGGAGGGACAACCCUACUUCUCAGUCGAGUCUGAGACAGGUGUCAUCAAGACUGCAUUGCCAAAAAUGGACAGAGAGAACAGGGAGCAGUAUCAAGUGGUUAUACAGGCCAAAGACAUGGGGGGCCAGAUGGGAGGACUGUCCGGCACAACGUCUGUAAUUAUCACUCUGUCAGAUGUCAAUGACAACCCUCCACGCUUUCCUCAGAGUACGUAUCAAUUCAGGGCCCCAGAGUCUUCCCCUGUGGGUUCUACAAUUGGCAGAAUCAAAGCUAAUGAUGCAGAUGAAGGUGUGAAUGCUGAGACAGAAUACAAAAUCAUUGAUGGAGAUGAACACAACAUGUUUGAAAUCAUCACAGACAAGAAGACGCAGGAAGGAGCUGUUAUUGUCAAAAAGCCGAUGGACUUUGAGAAAACUCGGAUGUACAAUUUAAAGGUUGAAGCUGCCAAUAUAUAUGAUGACCCAAGAUUUCACUUCUUAGGACCCUUCAAGGAUGUGGCUACUGUAAAAAUUAUAGUGGAGGAUGUGGAUGAGCCUCCAGUAUUUAGCAAGUCAGCCUAUGUUCUGGAAGUGAAGGAAGAUGCAAAAAUUAACACUAUUAUAGGAACGGUUACAGCCCAGGAUCCGGAUGCUGCAAGAAGCACUGUGAAGUAUUCUGUGGACCGCCAUACAGACAUGGAUAGGAUAUUCAACAUUGAUUCUGGAAACGGAUCGAUUUUCACUUCCAAACCUCUGGAUCGGGAGUCACUGUUAUGGCACAAUAUUACUAUAAUAGCAACAGAAAUCAGUAAUCCUAAGGAAAGUAGCCGUGUUCCUGUGUUUAUUAAGGUUUUGGAUGUGAAUGACAAUGCCCCAGAGUUUGCCAUGCUGUACGAGAUCUUUGUUUGUGAAAAUGCAAAGGCAGAACAGAGAAUACACACUGUUAGUGCAAUUGAUAAGGACGAUUCUUACAGUGGACUCCAGUUUUCGUAUGCACUAGCUAAUCCAGCAGCACAUAGUACAAACUUUACAGUCAAAGACAACAGAGAUAACACAGCUAGUAUUUACACACGGAGAAACGGAUACAGCCGCCAUGAGAUGAAUACAUACUUACUGCCAGUGAUUAUUUCAGAUUAUGGUUAUCCAAUACAGAGUAGUACUGGCACUCUGACUAUCCGUGUCUGUGCCUGUGACCACAAGGGUAACAUGCAGUCCUGUACUGCUGAAGCUCUAAUCCAUCCCACAGGUUUGAGCACAGGAGCCUUGAUCGCCAUUCUCCUCUGCAUAAUUAUACUGCUAGUGACAGUGGUUCUGUUUGCUGCUCUAAGACGACAGAGAAAGAAGGAGCCAUUGAUUGUAUCUAAGGAAGAUAUAAGAGACAAUAUUGUAAGCUACAAUGAUGAAGGCGGUGGAGAGGAAGACACUCAGGCUUUUGAUAUUGGUACCUUGAGGAAUCCAGAAGCCAUAGAGGAUAGCAAACUCCGAAGGGAUAUUGUUCCAGAAACACUGUUUUUCCCACGUCGAACUCCAGCGGCCAGAGAUAACACUGAUGUCAGAGAUUUCAUUAACCAAAGGUUGAAAGAAAACGAUCUCGAUCCAACAGCACCUCCCUAUGACUCCUUAGCAACUUACGCAUAUGAAGGAAAUGGUUCUGUGGCAGAGUCUCUCAGCUCUUUGGAAUCUGUCACUACAGAUGGAGACCAGGAUUAUGACUACCUAAGUGACUGGGGGCCACGUUUUAAAAAACUAGCAGAUAUGUACAGUGGUGCAGACAGUGACAAAGACUCUUAAUAUAUUGCCUUUUUUGGAUUUCCAAUUUUUGGAAAAGUAAACAGCAUUUAAAAAUGAGGAGUAGCUAUGUCCAUGGCUCUCUCUUUGGGCCAUCUGCCCAUCCAAUUGUUUAAUAUUUGAAAAUCGUGCAAAUUUAAUGUCAGAAACUUUUUAUAGUACAAUUUAUGAGCUUCCAAGAGGCUUUUUUUUUUUCAUUUGUUGCUUUGCUUUUUUAUAUUACCACAUUUUAGUCAGCCCUUUUUAUCUAAUCUGUUAUAUAAACACUUUGAGAGGGAGGGGAGCAAUAUUUGUACACAGUCUACUCGCAUUAAUAUACCUACUGUUUCCAUUGCCAUAGACAGUCACAUGUUUUAUUGUGCACCAAUUGCCCUUAUACCCACUGAAUGUUAUAUUGUUAUGAUGUGGGGAUUUUGAAGUAUAAAUAUUACCGGUUAGGAUAUAUGGCUUUAGAUCCAUUGCCUUGCCCUAGAACACAAACAACAUGUAAGUAUAUAAGGAAAGGGAAUGCAAGUGGACCUGAUAUUUAAAGUUUUUUUUUACCUUGUAAUGGUGGGAGGUAUAUUAGCACUCAUCAAUUUUGCAAACAUUACUUUUGACAUUUUUGUGUCUUCUGGUUUGGAAAAGAAGACACACAUGAACUUUUUCACAUUCUAAUAUUUCCAUAUCUGAACAACUAAAGAAAGAAAAAAAAAAACUGAAAAUAAAGUAGAAAAAAAAAAAGAUUCCCCCCCUUUACUGUCUGUGAGAAGACAAUACCAGCUGUCAAGUGUAAAACUUUGUGAAGUACGAAAAUAGGUUGACAUUGUCUUUGUUCAGAACAUCUCGGAAAGUGUUUAGAAGAAUUUUAUACAAGUGUAACAAGAUUCCCAUAACUUCAGGAAGUUUUACAUUAAAAUGCAAGAAUAGGCAAGAUUGUUAUCUACCUUCUUAUUGUUUUAGGUACGAUAACAGUAGAGGUUCUGUAAGAAGCUUAACACUAUACAUACUGUUAUUUGUAUACACCAAAAAUACGAAAUACUCUUGCUGUAUAAUUUAAUGUGUUAAAAAAUGACACCUCAUGGGUACCGUAAGUUGUCAAGAGUGCUUCGAGGACUGGGAUGUAGGCAGUUUAUAUUACCAUAAAAGAGACCAUGUUAUCUACUGAUCAGUGUUAAUUUCAACUAUUUGGUAUUAUUUCAGUGUAAUAUUUUUGUUUAAUUUAAAUAAUCAUAAAACUGUUGUUUUUAUAUACAUUGUGUGUUUACUUGAAACUGUGAACAAUGAUUAGAAGUAAUUUAUUGCACAGAGGGUAAAAUACCUACAAAUAAUUUUAUCUCAUACAACUUUAUACUACUGUGUGAAGACAACAAGCAUUCCUCUAAAUCAUGUAUAGCAGCGAUUCUCAACCAGGAUUCCCUAAUCCGGGAUUCUCCAAAAGACAGCAACAGAAAGCACUAUAAGGCUGGGUUGACAUAUGUCCGGCAUCCGGGAUAGGUGAACUCAGCCUAGAUCUCCACACAACUGAUGCCACAACUGAUGACAAGUUGUCAUCAGUUGUAUGGCAACUGGCAUCCAUUGUUUCUGGACGGCGGACAGGGGAACGCAGCAAGCCCUCCAGCAUGUCCAACCAUCCAACGUCAAAAUUGAGACACUGGAUGAUUGUGAACUGUCCCAUUCAAAUGAAUGAGAUCAGUUCUAGCAUCAGAUUCCCUCUGGUGCAUACCAGAGGGAAACUAUGGCGGAUGCCUGAUAUAUGUGAACCCAACCUUACUCUGUCUGUAAACCCAGCCUUUGGAAUAUGUUCAGGCAAAUCCAAUAACAAAUCUUUGCCAAAAUAUAAAAAUUAAAAGUUUUACAUUUACCUACACCAAGCGUUAUUAAGGUAAGAAUGGGAAUAGGGGGUUUCCCAAUGGUGACUGAUGCAUAAUGCUGUGGCAGUAAAAGACCACAGAAUUUAAAACAAAGGACGUUGAUUUUUGAUG